UAACGCCAAAGGGCCUGCCGCAGCUUCAGUGUGUGUGUGUGUGUCUCAGUGUAAAGUCAGUUAGCCUGAGGUUAGCCUGUGACCUGCUAACUGCUCAACAGCACGUUAACUGAGUGGAUGCUGUAGAUUUCUGUUUUCAUAAACGUCUGGUGGAGAUAUGAACCUCUCUAAGGUCCAGGUCUUACUGGCAUGGAUCCUCGUUGUACUUGCUGGUCCAGUUUCCUGCUCAGAGGAUGAGACCCGUCUGGUGAAAACCCUGUUUACUGGUUACAACAAGGUGGUUCGUCCCGUGGACCACUUCAGUGAAGCCGUAGAGGUCACUGUGGGACUGCAGCUAAUACAGCUCAUCAGUGUGGAUGAAGUGAACCAGAUUGUGACCAGCAAUGUCCGUCUCAAACAGUCGUGGGUGGAUGUGAACCUGAAGUGGAAUCCAGAUGAGUACGGAGGCAUCAGGAAGAUCAGAGUCCCUUCAACUGACAUCUGGAAACCUGACCUGGUGCUAUACAACAAUGCUGAUGGUGACUUCGCCAUCAUCCAUGAAACCAAAGUCCUGCUGGAGCACACUGGGAAGAUAACAUGGAACCCUCCAGCCAUCUUUAAGAGUUACUGUGAGAUUAUCGUCCUCCAUUUCCCGUUUGACCUGCAGAACUGUAGCAUGAAACUAGGGACAUGGACAUAUGAUGGACUGCUGGUCGUCAUCAACCCAGACAACGACCGUCCUGACCUCAGUAACUUCAUGGAGUCAGGUGAAUGGGUGCUUAAGGACUACAGGGGCUGGAAACACUGGGUUUACUACACCUGCUGUCCCGACACGCCCUACCUUGACAUCACCUACCAUUUCCUGAUGCUGCGGCUGCCUCUCUAUUUCAUCGUCAACGUCAUCAUUCCCUGCAUGCUCUUCUCGUUUCUUACUGGACUGGUCUUCUACCUGCCCACUGACUCCGGUGAAAAGAUGACUCUCUCCAUCUCCGUCCUGCUGUCUCUCACUGUCUUCCUGCUGGUUAUUGUGGAGCUGAUCCCCUCCACCUCCAGCGCCGUCCCCCUCAUAGGGAAAUACAUGCUCUUCACCAUGGUGUUUGUCAUCGCCUCCAUCAUCAUCACCGUCAUCAUUAUCAACACGCAUCACCGCUCGCCCAGCACACACACCAUGCCCGGCUGGAUCCGCAAGGUCUUCAUAGAAACCAUUCCCAACAUGAUGUUCUUCUCAACAAUGAAGCGUCCCAGUCAGGAGAUCCGCCAGAAGACGUUGUUCCCCACUGACAUGGACAUCUCGGACAUCUCAGGUAACCCCACCCCCACCAAUGUCACCUACCAGUCUCCCAUCACUAAAAACCCUGAUGUUCGCAGCGCCAUUGAAGGGGUGAAGUACAUCGCUGAGACCAUGAAGUCAGACGAGGAGUCAAACAACGCAGCAGAGGAGUGGAAGUUCGUUGCCAUGGUUUUGGACCACAUCCUGCUCUGCGUGUUCAUGGCCGUGUGCAUCAUCGGGACGCUCGCCGUCUUUGCUGGGAGACUCAUCGAGCUCAACAUGCUGUAGAGGCCUGACCCAUGAAGGAGGAUGUGUGUUGUCACAGCAGAGGUCACCACUGGAGAAUCAUUUCUCUCUCUCUCUCUCUCUCUCUCUCUCACACACACACACACACACACACACAGUUUGAGUCACUUUCCAAUGUGCACGUUUGUGUAUUUACUGAAAUCGAGGAGACUGCAGUUCAAGGCAAAUCCUGGCAUCUUAAAGGCACGAGUCUCGUGAUCUAGAUGGGUCAUACUUGAAGCUUUUCUUGCCUUUUGUUUUCGUUGUUUUUCUGCUUGCUGCGAUGCACUCUGGUGGAGUGUAUGUUAUUACUGUAAUGUUAAAUCCGUAACAGUAAUAACUGAUGUGUUUUGUCUUGUUUUUGGCAGCUUGAUUUGAGGUUUAAGUCGGAGGAUUUUCUCACACCUUUAACAUGAGAGUUUUCACGUCCACUGUGCUGAGGAUCGACUGGGAAUGGAUGCUAAUAUCAUUAGCACAUACAGCCCUGAUUCCAGAAAAGUUGGGACGCUGUGUGACAUAAAUAAAAACCGGAUGCAAUGAUUUGUAAAUCCUUUUUUUCCUAUAUUCAACUGAAUACAGUACAAAGACAAGAUAUUUAAUGUUCAAACUGACACACACAGUCUGAAUUUGACGCCUGCAACACUUUGUUGUCCUAACUUUUUUUUGGAAUAUGUUGCAGGCAUCAAAUUCAGAAUGAGUGUAUAUUUACAAAAAAAAACUGGCAAUACGUCACAGAGGAUAUGCAAAUUGUGGGUUUCCUCCCACAGUCCAAAGACAAAUCCAUUCUGUAGUCAUUUAUAUUUUACACAGCGUCCCAACACUUUCGGAAUCCGAGUUGUACUUGUACUGUCUAUUAACACUUUGAGUGCACUAAAAGAAAUGAACUCCGUGUCCAUCCUAUCACUGUAGGUCAGAGGAGGCUUCAGUUUAGAAUGAGUAUCUUCGAUUGUAUUUCAGUCCAACUUUAUUGCCAGUUGUACAGACAGCGUCUGGUUGACGGUCUUGGAGUGCAGGCGAGACGUUUUCCUGCCUGGAAGUUUUAUUGUUCUGUUUUGCCCGACACUCACUUGACUUCUAAACGUCUCAUUUAUAUUUAUGGGUUAUGGCUGUGAGUUGUGUAAAUAUUCAUGAGUUAGUGGAAAGGUUUGCUUUGUCACUGACGCAUGUGAAGUCCUCUUAACUCUGUUGUACAGUUUGUUAGGGGCUCAGUUGUUUUGAAUACUAUUUUUCGAUGAAUUAUGUGAUAAAUGAUUUUCAUCCAUGUCUUUGUCAGAUUUUCACAUUUUUCCAAACAGAGCAGUUUAAGGUAGAGUUACUGAUAAAUGUACAGCCAACAAAGGCAUGGAGUCUGUCGAUUAAGUCAUAAUACCUGACAUCAUGAUGAUUUGGAUAAAUAUGGUCAAAGAAUUCUCAUUUAGGGAACAUAGACUUAAAGCUGAUAAUAAUUGUGUGGUUUGGGUCCAGUGUGUAGGAUUUAGGGGCAUCUGUCAGCAGAAAUGGUUUAUAAUACUCAGAAAUGUUCUCAAAUAAGAAUUGUUGUGUUUACAAUGAGACAUUUUUAUCCACAUGGGCAGGGGGUCCUCUCCCACGGAGGCCCACUGUUGUUGUUUCUACAGUAGCCUAGAAGGGACUAAUCAAGUACCGGCUCUAGGCAGGGCCAUUGGCAUGUUUGCAUUGGUCACCAAAGUUCUCCCAGGAGAAGUUUCCUCACUGCUAGAUGCAACUAAAUCCGACACACUGAACCUUUAAUUGUGUUGUAGCAAAGGCAGAUUGUUGAGCAACGUCACAGCUGCAGUGUUGCUGCCUGUGUUCACAGAAACUGACUGAAGGCAACUUGAUUUAUUUUGCAGCUGUGAUUCCUUUUAAACAUUUAUCCAUUUAGUUUGGUUUAAGACAGUAAAGUUCUGCUGUCAUAUUUCUCUGAUCAUUUAUUGUUUUUUUUUAUAUUUGCAGUUGUGGAGAUGUGAAAUAGAGUGAAAAAUAAAAGUCAUAAUUUGUUUAUUUUA